GCAAUUGCACGGAAGAUGCUCGACGUGAUGAACAAGCACAAACUGGCUUUGAACAGCGUGUUCAUCGGAGCAACGAGCCGUUUCUCUAAAGGAAACUUUAAAUCGUUGGACGGAGAGAAUCUCGCUGACAGCUUGGAGUGGGCUUCGGGCGAGCCGGACAACGCCUUUGACGCCGAGGACUGCCUGGCGCUGACCGGCGCGGGCACGCUGGCUGACGUCAGCUGCACUAGAGUGCUGCCCUACUUUUGCCGCAAGACCGUCCACAACUGCUCCUCCGACAAUGAAAUCACAAGUCCCACACCUGGGCUGCGAACAUGCAACAAUCGGUCUGACUACAAAUGGGAGACCAUCACAGGAAGCUGCUACAAGUUCCACGGCGUAUCGAAACCCUGGCGCCUCGCCCUGGCCAUGUGCCACGCCGAGGGCGGACAUCUGGCCGUCAUCAACAGCGAGACCGAGUCCGCUGUUCUCAAGAACCUUUACAAGAACAACACACACACAGUCACUGGAGCAGAUCAACCAAGACAUGCAUUAAUUGGCUUCAGUAAAUAUGAUGAUGGCGCGUGGGCAACUAUAUUCGGCGAGACGCUCACCGAGGCUGGAUUCGCGAACUGGGACGUAGGCGAGCCAAGCAACGGCAGUGGAGCAGUGAACGAAUACUGCGGCUCCAUGCACCUUAACGGGCUACUCAACGACGCUUCCUGCUCUCGGAAGUCGCCGUUUAUUUGCGAAAUUACCCCUUCUAAGUUUUGAUUCUUUCU